AUGGGUAAUGAUGCUCAUAUGAUUGAGCAAUUCAAGAGAGAAAUGAUGAUGAAAUAUGAGAUGAGUGACAUGGGUUUGCUCAAGUACUUCCUUGGUAUAGAAGUUCAUCAAAGUGAUGAUGGAGUGUUCAUUUCUCAAAGCAAGUAUGCCAAAAAGGUGUUGCAGAAAUUUGGUAUGCUUGGUUGUAACCCCACAUCUACACCACUUGUAGUGAAUGAUAAACUCAAGAAGGAUGAUGGAGGAAGAAAAGUUGAUGAGACUUACUAUAAAGGUUUUAUUGGAAACUUGUUGUUAAUUACACAUACAAGACCCGACAUCAUGUUUGCUUCAAGUAUGCUUUCUAGGUUCAUGAGUUCACCUAGUCAUCUACAUCUUGGCGCGGAAAAGAGGUUGUUAAGGUAUAUUCAAGGAACAAUGAAUUUUGGAAUCAUGUAUUCAAGAAAUUUGGAUGUCAAAUUAGUUGGUUAUUCUGAUAGCGACUUGGGAGGGUGUAUUGAUGACAUGAAGAGUACAUCGGGUUAUGAUUUUUCUCUUGGUUCGGGUAUAUUCACAUGGGCAUCGAAGAAGCAAGAAACCGUAGAUCAAUCCACGGAGGAGGCGGAGUACAUUUAG